AUGGAUAGAAUGACAGAAGAUGCUCUUCGUCUGAAUCUGUUAAAGCGGAGCUUGGACCCAGCAGAUGAGCGAGAUGAUGUCCUGGCAAAGCGACUCAAAAUGGAGGGACAUGAGGCCAUGGAACGUUUGAAAAUGUUGGCACUGCUCAAAAGGAAGGAUUUGGCAAAUCUUGAAGUGCCUCAUGAGUUACCCACCAAACAGGAUGGCAGUGGUAUCAAGGGCUAUGAAGAGAAACUCAAUGGGAAUCUCAGACCUCAUGGAGACAGCAGGACUGCUGGAAGGCCAGGCAAAGAAAACAUCAAUGAUGAGCCUGUGGAUAUGAGUGCUAGACGGAGUGAGCCAGACCGAGGAAGGCUAACUCCCUCUCCAGAUAUCAUUGUUUUGUCUGACAAUGAGGCUUCCAGUCCCCGUUCUAGCUCCCGAAUGGAAGAAAGACUCAAAGCAGCCAACCUAGAGAUGUUUAAGGGGAAAGGCAUUGAGGAACGGCAGCAGCUCAUCAAGCAGCUAAGAGAUGAGCUGAGAUUGGAAGAAGCCCGACUAGUGCUGCUAAAGAAACUGAGACAGAGUCAGCUACAGAAAGAGAACGUGGUCCAGAAGACUCCAGUUGUACAGAAUGCGGCAUCUAUUGUUCAGCCAUCUCCUGCACAUGUGGGACAGCAGGGCCUAUCCAAGCUUCCUUCCCGGCCUGGAGCACAAGGGGUUGAACCUCAAAAUUUGAGAACAUUACAGGGUCACAGUGUCAUCCGUUCAGCGACCAAUACCACCCUCCCACACAUGUUGAUGUCUCAACGUGUUAUUGCACCAAAUCCAGCCCAGCUACAGGGUCAGCGGGGCCCGCCUAAGCCUGGCCUUGUACGCACCACAACACCCAGCAUGAAUCCCGCCAUCAAUUACCAACCACAGUCAAGUUCUUCUGUUCCCUGUCAGCGUACAACAUCUUCUGCUAUCUAUAUGAACCUUGCCUCACAUAUCCAGCCAGGAACCGUGAACAGAGUAUCGUCACCCCUUCCUAGCCCCAGCGCCAUGACUGAUGCUGCCAAUUCACAGGCUGCAGCCAAACUGGCUCUUCGCAAACAGCUGGAAAAGACACUCCUGGAGAUCCCACCCCCUAAACCUCCUGCUCCCUUGCUUCACUUCCUGCCCAGUGCAGCCAAUAGUGAGUUCAUCUACAUGGUAGGCUUGGAAGAAGUCGUACAGAGUGUCAUUGACAGCCAAGGCAAAAGCUGUGCCUCACUUCUGCGGGUCGAACCCUUUGUAUGUGCCCAGUGUCGCACAGAUUUCACCCCUCACUGGAAGCAAGAAAAGAAUGGUAAGAUUCUGUGUGAGCAGUGUAUGACCUCCAACCAGAAGAAGGCUCUAAAAGCUGAACACACCAACCGGCUGAAAAAUGCUUUUGUUAAAGCCCUACAGCAGGAACAGGAAAUUGAACAGCGAUUACAACAGCAGGCAGCCCUUUCCCCCACUACGGCUCCAGCUGUGUCCAGUGUCAGUAAACAAGAGACCAUCAUGAGACAUCAUACACUUCGGCAGGCUCCACAGCCCCAGAGCAGCCUCCAGCGUGGCAUACCCACAUCUGCCCGCUCCAUGCUAUCAAACUUUGCACAGGCACCCCAGUUGUCUGUGCCAGGUGGCCUCCUUGGUAUGCCAGGUGUCAACAUUGCAUACUUGAAUACUGGCAUCGGAGGACACAAAGCCCCCAGUUUGGCAGACCGACAGCGUGAAUAUCUUUUAGACAUGAUCCCUCCCCGAUCUAUAUCGCAGUCCAUCAGUGGACAGAAAUAACGCCUGUUCCACUUGUACUGCCCCACCCUUGAAUCCUUUACCCCUUUCCUCUCCCAUUGCCCCCAACUUCCGUCGCAUGCAGUGCCUGUACUGGUGCCUACCAUACACGGAAAGCAAAACAGAAAAACAGAAGACAAAAAAUAGAAAUCAACAAGAAAACACACGCCCUGCCCCGCCACCUCCCCUUUAUUUCACGCUGCUGCGAUCUGUUCUUCUGCCACUCUGUCUUCUCUCUUCGAUUUUCUUUUAACAGUGAGGUGGAUCUUUGCCUCUGAUAGAGGUCAGAAUGAGGUCCUGGGGAGAAUCUAAGCCCUCUGACGUGUGUUUCUAAAGUUUGUUUUGUGCUAUAAUUUUUAUCAUUUUUAA